AUGUUUUUGGUAGAGAGAGUUGAAGUUGCCUGUGACGGUGAGAAACCUCUGAUUAAUCCAGUAACGGGAAAGGAUUAUUUCUGUGGCGAUGGUCCAGACUCAAAGAACUGUCCACCUAGUAGCUAUUGCCAUAGGACUGCAGAGUUUGCAAAGUGUUGCAAAGAAGUGAUUGUCAUCAAGAGCUGCGCCGAUACAAUCCAUGGCUGCUGUCCGGAUGGAAAAACAGCAGCACAGGGGUCGGACCAAGCCGGAUGCCCAAGUCAGUGCAAUUGCAAUCGCCUUGGAUCUUACAGUUUAACAUGCGAUCCGGCAUCCCAGCAGUGUCCUUGCAAACCAGGAGUAGGUGGACUCCAUUGUGAUAGAUGUGAAUCAGGAUACUGGGGACUACAUAAAAUAUCUGAAGGGAAUCACGGAUGUUCUCCUUGUAAAUGUGACACAUAUGGAUCUGUCCGGGAUGACUGCGAGCAAACGACUGGAAGAUGUGUGUGCAGACACGGCAUCCGAGGAAUGAAAUGCAACGUAUGCCCUCCAGGAACUGUUCUUGGACCAGAUGGGUGCAUGGAUGCUUCCAUAGCCAAAGCUGUAUCAGGAUCGUGUGAGCAAUUAAAAUGCUUCCAUGGUGCUACUUGCAAGGAGAAACUUGGAGAAGCCCAAUGCAUUUGCGAUUUUAAAUGUACAAGUGAAGAUAAAGGCACUAAAACCCCUGAAGACCAUACCGUUUGCGGCUCAGAUGGAAAUUCCUAUGGUUCUGAAUGUCAGCUGCAUCUCUUCAGUUGUAGAUACCAAAAGCCAAUUGAAGUUAUAGGUGAAGGCCCCUGCUCAAGAUAUAACUUCACACAUACCAGUGCUUUUAUUUCCACAACAAUGACUUCCAUCCGAAGAUCUACGGAAGACUUGGCUGUAAAGACAACGCCUUCAGCAGAAACUAAAAUUGCGAGGGGAGUGACUGAUAACUCAGCCGAGAGCUUGCUACAGACCACACCGGAACCUGUCAUGAUUUUUUCAACUCCAUUAAGUGGGAACACAAUAGGCAUGCCACUGUUUUCAGGGAACUCUUUCCUCGAACUUCCUCAACUCCAGGCAUACAGUCGCCUAGACAUCGAGUUAGAAAUACGUACUUUGGCAAGUGACGGUAUUAUACUUUACAACGGACAAAGAGCUUCUGGAAGAGGAGAUUACGUAUCUCUUGUCGUCAAAGAUGGAUUUAUCGAGUUCAGGUAUGAUCUUGGAAGUGGGCCUUUAAUUCUACGUUCAUCUCAGAAAUUGCAGUUGGGUAGAUUUCAUCGCAUAACUGCAAGAAGGUACCAACGUGAAGGGAUGUUGUCUGUGGAUGGGCAAGAUGGAAUCACAGGCCAAAGUGGAGGUCCAAGAAAUUCCCUAAACCUUGGAGAGAAUCUGUUCCUUGGAUAUGUUCCUGCUUCUAGUAAGCUGAUUUUUGAAAAUAUAGGUGUAUCUACAGGCUUUAUUGGAUGCAUUCGACAUUUUAAAAUAGGUCGAAAAUUUGUCGAUUUAAAAUAUCCUGGAACAGAAGUCCUCAAAGCUCAAGAAAUACAGGAAUGUAAUGAUGACAGUUGCACGAGUAUACCUUGCUUAAAUGGUGCUUCAUGUAUUUUAUCGGAGGAACAUGAAUAUUCAUGCAUAUGCCCACCCAAUUUUUCAGGUCGGCACUGUGAAGAUCAGCUUGAUCCUUGUGCAUCAGAGCCAUGCGCUUAUGGUGGUACCUGUACUUCACUUCCAGACAAUACAUUCUCCUGUUUGUGUCCUCCUAACAGCUCUGGAGACAUGUGCGAGAUAGUUGAUUCUCCGGGAGAUGAGUCAAGUCUUACAAUAGAAUUCAGGGGUGACAGCUAUUUAGAAUUUCCGACUCUAAAAAAUGUUGCUCAAUCUUUCAGUAUCGAAAUCUGGUUUUUCACUCGGGCGCUGAAUGGAUUAUUGUUGUUUAAUGGACAGAAGCCUUCAGGAGUUGGGGAUUUCGUCGCUCUUACUUUGCUCAAUGGAUUCGUGCAAUUUACUUACAAUUUAGGAAGUGGUACUGCAAACAUAUCGAGUCCGGAACCGAUAUCGUUGGGCACGUGGCAUUCUGUGAAAAUUUCAAGAUUGAACAGGAGAGGAACGCUGCAGAUUGACAAUGGUCCAUUAAUCCCGGGAAAGUCAAAACCACAUCUUUCUGAACUGAACUUAGGAGAACCUCUUUACGUCGGAGGUGUUCCCGAUUUCUUACCUUUGAAGUACAUAUUGGUUGUUCAAACAGGACUCGAUGGAGCCAUACAACGAGUUAUUGUAAAUGACGAAGUGUGGGAAGAUCUCCUUAGUUUAACUACAAAUACUCAAAACAUUGAACACUAUACUGGACCUCCCUGCACUGCGAACACUUGCAAAAACGGCGGAACUUGCAUUCCAAUGCUUGAAGAUUUCAGAUGUCAGUGUGUUGGAGACUUCACAGGAAAGACGUGUAAUGAAACUGCAGUAUUAAUUGCUAUGAAUGAUAAUUUUCUCACUCAUCCUGUUGUGUUUGAUGGAUCAACUUGCAUGCAGUUUUCAGAAGGCUUAAAAGGGAUGAAAUUGAAAAGGAGUGAAAGAAAUCACAUUGCCAUCACAUUCCGUACGACUCAAGAUACUGGGUUAUUACUCUGGAUGAACAAAGGGACCAAUCUGAGAGGAGAUUAUUUAGCCAUCGCUAUAGUCGACGGUUUCAUUCAACUUAGUUUCAACUUGGGUAAAGAAGAGGUUCCCCUUAUCAUUCCUAGCUCCGUUCAAGUGAAUGACAAUAGCUGGCAUACAGUUGUCGUGCGAAGGAAUAAAAGACUGGCUCAUCUUACUGUAGACAACAAAGACCCCAUUACCAGGAUAUCUGAACCAGGAGCGACUGAAUUAAAUACAGACGGAAUUUUAUGGAUUGGUGGUUCUUCAGCUGUGCCUUUAGGAUUCCCAGCUGCAUACUAUCGAGGCUUCAGUGGUUACAUCUCCUCAGUGAUAAUCGACAAUGAAUCAUUAAACCUAUCCGAUGGCUACUUCAAAUACUGCCAGCCUUCCUGACAGUUGCGAGCUGACCACUUAUACCUUCCAUAACGUCGGGUAAAUGCGAAAAAUAAUACGAGCACAAGGAGCAUAAACUUCAAAGAAUGUGCCGCCCAAAAGACACUGUCUCUGCUUCCAAGAACUUAUCUGUUUGUGUGUGUGUGUCUCAUUGUCUGUAUGUUUGUUUAAAUGUGAUAAUGGCUCGUUUUCCGGUUCCAUUGCGUGUUCUUAAACUACGGUAUAUUAUACGAACCAGAUGUCAUGGUAUUAAUAUCAGAUGCUUACCCCUUUAGCAAAUUAUAAAAGUUUAUGUAAAGUAUUAGAAUAAUUUGCUCGGUGUAAGCUAGUGAUGGUGCCAGAUUGUAGUUAUAUUGAAAAGAAAUAUUAAAAAAAGUACGUUUCUCUAUAAAUAUUCAUCAACAAAUAAAUCCUAACAUCAUUUUUAAGAUAUUUUCUUAGACAAAAUCCACAGUCCGUUUUAGUUUAGGGAUGAAAGGAUUUAAUUACUUACUUCGAAAUCAUGUGCUUGUUUUAUUUAAGCGUGGGGGGAUAUGCAAGAAAAAUUAAAAUAUUGCUUAAUAUUUUGCGGUAAUAACCUAUUUAAUUAACAAUAUGGGUAUUAAAUAUUACUGUUUUGAGUGCUGACAUAAAAACGCGUCCAAAAGUCCCACCUAAACCUGAAAAUAAUGACAUUACUUAAUUGAAAAAUGUUGUGGAUAGCCGUCACACGCAAAUUAUUUUUAAGAAAAUGUUAUUCCUUAUAUUUACGCUGAGGGAAAGUUAAUUCUGGUUGCAUUUAGACAGUAUUUAAAUAAGAAAACUAAAAUCGUAAAUUUAAAUACUGCGACUGGUGAACACAAGAAUAAUAAAAUGAUUAGGAAAAGACUCAGAUUUCGUUUAUAUUCUGUUAACCACUGAUAUCUAAAGCAAAACCAGAAAAAUAGAGAUAAAUUUUCUGAAAUAUUUUUAUGCAAGUUACUAGUUGCUAAUGUGUGCGCUUUAAAUUUGCAAUCAUGGAUAAUUUUCCAGUAUGGGUUUUUACAUUAAACUCUUGAAUUUUUUAAAUAAAUAGUUAAGAAUCUUAAUAGAAACUUCUAAACAAUCAGAUUCUUCCAUGCUUAUAAUUUUUGUCUCUUGACUGUUAUUUUAUUCGGUCUUUUUCUGCUAGAUUUAUCAGAAAGACAUUUUAGCUUUAAUAUCUUCUGAAGUCAGAUUUAGGGAUUAUAAUUAUGAUCUUAAAGGUACAAUUCUUUAGGUGUACCUUAUUUCAAUAACUUUGUUUCGAUUUCCUAAUUUUCUCACUAGAUGGUGCUAUGUUACGUACUUAAAUAUUACGCUUAUUGAUAAUAUUUUUGAUUUCUAACGAGAAAGCACUUCUUUUAACUUUCUAAAACAUAGCUGAAUUAUGAGUUCCUAAAAGAGGCUUUGAUAGAAGUUAGAAUUUCUUAGAAGGGCACUGUGAGAUUCUAAUGGCUAAAAUAUAAUAUUUAUUAAUAUUUUAUCAAAGGAAAAAUUUUCUAUUUAGAUUAAAUAUUUAAAUAUAUUAUAUGAACACCUGCUGUCGCUCCCGUUAUAUUUUUUUUUUUAUGUUAAGCUCUAACCAGAUAUAAUAAUGGAGUUAACUUUCCUAAAAUGUUUAACCAUUUUCAAAAUUUCAGUGUGAUUUAUAAUAUGAAUUAUUUUGGAAUUGUGAUGCACAGAAAAAGUUGUGAAAGUUUUAUGUACACUCCAAGAUAUCAAGCAUGCACUCAAGCUAAGGGUUAAAUAAUAAAUAAAACACGAAUGUUUAUUUACAUAUGAUAGCACAGACUUCAGCAGAAUUUAAUGUAGGUGGUUAUUAGAAAGGAGUUCCUCAAAAUACAUUCGAAAUGCGAGGGAAUGAAAUGAAAGCAAAAAGUAUUUUAAGAAAAAUAAAAUUAUAGAAAAUAAUUAAGUUUAACUAAUCAAAUUAGCAUAAGUGCAAAUAUGUAUUUAGGAGUUCAAAGGGCAAAAACGUAUUUUUGGAAAGGAGAAAAACUAUAGCUCAAGACAUUGUUGAAUUCCACACUUUGCACUGAGGCAUGCUAAUAAUCUGAUUUCCGAUGCACUGAUUGCAUGAUUUUCUUGAAGAUCUUUAAUGUUAUAGCAGUAUACAUAAAACAUGUUUAAAAUUACUGAGUAAUGCCCUUCCCAAUUGGAUUGUACAAAAUAAAUAUUAAAAACUGAUUUUUAAGUACGAAAAUGUUUAAAGUAUGGGUUGCAGACCAUGAAGAAAUUCCCAUGGGACAAAUUUCAUAAGUUCAGGGUGAGGGGCAGAAUGCAGUCAGCUUAUUAUAUAGCUAUUAAGUAUUUAGUUUUAGUUUAUAAACAUAAAAAGUAAUUUUUAUUUAUCAGCAUUAUCUAUAGUUUUUGUUGUGUUGUUUUGUGUGUUGUAGUUUCUUAACGUGUUUUUGAAAUUAAUUAAAAUCUAAAUAUAUGUGUUAUAUAUUUUUUGAAUUUUGGAAAGAAGGUGAUAAUGAUCUUCUAAGAUAAAAGAGAUGCAUGAGGGAAAACAAGUUGUGAAACACAGUUUUCAGAAAUAGAGUUUGGAAUAUUAUGAAUUACUAAUUCAUUUGUGCUAUAGAUGAUGUCUGUUUAUUUGUGUGAAGAAAUAGUUUGCUAAUUUUGAAAGAGACAUUAAACGUUUUUAAGUAUUUCAGUAUUUAAAAAAACAAAAUAAAUGUGUGUAAAACUUCUUCUCAGAGAAUCAAGUAAAUAUCUUCUUCUUUAUUUUAUAUUUUUACUCAAUCCAAACUAACAGCAUGGGUUUUAAUCUGUGUUUUAUCAGAGUUAUUGCAAGAUUACAGAUUAUUUAAAAAGUUUUAUCAUAUAAUUAGAUAUUGAAGUGCCGAAACAUUUUACUUAUUAACUUCAUAAAUAACUAAAAUUAUAUAAUUUUAAAUUAACAACUAACUAUUAAUUUUUAAUUAUAGGGAUUGUUAUUGUUGUAGGAAAUGUGAUAUGGAUUUCUGUAGCUAAGAAACAACACUAUUUGGGCACAUAGAGUUGUCUUAUGCGUGCCCUCAUAGAUGGACUGCAGUUUUUACUUUUUUUUUUGGGGGGGGGGAGAAUUUUAAUAUCACCCCCCCCCCAAAAAAAAAGAUUCGUAUGUAUUCACAAAUUCCGACAAAUAAUCAUCUGUUAUAGAACACUUUUAAAAACAUUUGUAAAUUACGCACCGCGUCUUUAUACGAAAAAAAGAAAAGUGUAUAUGUAUAUUGUACUAAGAAAUGUAUUUUAAUAUAGCACAUGAUUUUUAUUGCAUAGAGUAUUGUUUAAUGUACUUCCCCCAUAUUUCAUUAAUUGAAUGAUAAUUCAAGAUGGCUAUCCCUUCAUUUUUCAGUAUAUUGAUCACAUUAUGAAAACUUCUUAUCCAUGUAGCUGAAGUCCAGAAUAUUUGCAUUCGAUAAAAUCAUAUUAAAUCUUUCUACGGCAAGAUACAAAUUUUCACAAAUUUCCUAAAAUUGGUAAGCAUUGCUUUUAAAUAUUUCAGAACAGUUUGAAAAUUCAUUUUCUUAAAGAGACAGUAAUAAAAUAAAUAGGUACUGAAAGGUAUCACGUAUUUCAUUUUUAGGCAAAAUGUUGUUAAAAGGUGAAUGUACGAUAUAUUUCAGUGUUACAAUGCUUCACAUCUUCUGCAGUAUUAAAUUCGAUAUUUAGCGGUGUAAAAAUAAAGAAAUAAUAUAUAAUUAUAAAAUUGUUAAAUGUAUUGUGUACUUUCGAGCUGGUAAAAAACGAUACAGUAUUAUUCGAAAAUAUAUUAAUGGUCACAUUUUAACACGUCUAUAAUUAACCGUGGAACGUUUUUGUUGCAUUAUGUUUUAAAAUAUUUUAAAAACAUAUAUUUAAUGUGAAAAUUUGAUAAUCUACUUAAUUACAACACAUAAUUUAAAGAAAACUAUUCGCUAUAGCUUGGAGUAUUUAGGUGUUUUAAUUUCAAAUAAAACACUUUUUGAAGAAACACUUUAGGAGUCCAGUGAUUCAGUCUCUGAUCGUAUAGUUCUUUGUUAAAUAUAAUUACUUUGAGUAAAACUGAAAUAGCAGUGCUGAAAAGGUUUUGUGCAGUUUUCUUAAAAUUUCUGGAUAUGAAUGCUAAAUAAUAAAUAAGAAUAAGGUAAAAAAAGUUCGAGCAAAAGAAAACUAUUACCUACAUCAUAUUAAUGGUACGAACUGGCUUCAUUGUUUAAAAUGAAUUCCGACACUUAUCAUGGGACUGAAAUAUAUAAAUAUCAUAUAGUCUCUUAAAUAACUGCUGAUCAUGUCCAUUCCGCUGCAAAAUACAUACUGUGGUCUGAUAGGUUUCAUUUAAGCCUAUAAAGCACAUCGAAUGAUGUAUAUUUUAAAAUGAUGACAUAUCUUAUGUGGAGGCCAUUCUUGCCAUGUGAGAGACCAUGGUGGUAUCUCGUAGAUAUUCUUUGGAAUGUUUGAUGAAAGUGAACUUGCACUAUUUUUCUGUGCAAUGCUUACACCAACUAUGAAAAAGAAUGCUGUUUGUACUAAAAUCUCAUAAAUGUACUAAGCAGUUGCCAAAUCCCAUAAAUAAAAAAAAAAAAUUAACUUCUAUCUAAUGGAUUACCAGGUCUUAAAAUUACAUUAAAUUAGACACAUUCAGUCAGUUUGUCUCAUUCUUCAUUCCAGCGUCAUUCUAUUCGUCUGUAGUUUGUGUUUAAAUAAAGGCAAGAUUCGUCACUGAUGACAACUAGACGUUCAUUUUCCAACAUAGAUUACUAGGGAACGCCUUCUAUCCAGUGGCUUAGCUAGGGUGGGGCAAGGGGGAAAAUCCGUCCCCGGGAGCAACAUCUAGGGGCGCCAAAUUGAUGAUACACAUUUCAGAAUUAAAUGUUUCCCAUUUUGGGGACACAGAAAGGGGCGCAAAAUCUUUAGGUGUCCCCGGGCGCUGAAAACCUUAGCUACGCCUCUGCUUCCAUCCAAGUUCAUUUAGAGUUAUGUUUGAUAACAAGCUGCACAGCGCUGGUAAGAAAACCAUUUAGUGACUGACGGAUUGGGUGAUGACAAUUCUGACAGCGGUAAAGUGGGUCUAGGAUAACUCUUGUCGUCUAAUGAGACGAUCAUUAAGCUCUGUCUCAUAUACUCAUCAGAGAAGCUUUCUGUGUUGUAGACCCAAUGUGAGGAACGUGUAAAGCUUUUCUUUUAACAAAGAUAACACAAUGAUCGAUCUAUAUGAUCUCUAAGAACAUCGUUAGACCAUUCUAUCUCUGCCCAAAUGUGCCGCGAUAUUUCUAAUUGCCUAAAUGAUCACGUGCAAGUCAACUACCGGUACUUUCUCGACGGUUAUCGUAGGUGUGAUAUACUUUGGACGAAAGGACAAUGAGUCUUUGCCUCCACUGUCUUGGAAAGCGAAUAUCUAAAGGGAAGAUGGAACGGGGCAGAAUUGAGAGACAUAACGGGGCGCAUUUCCUCAUCAUAUUUUUUAACAUGUUAAUAUCUAACGAGAUAUACUUAAAUUAUUAUUACCUAUUUAUUUACACGUGUGACAUUAAUUUUGAUUCAGUUUUCUAUCCGUUUAUAUUGUGAAAUUGCGAGUAUCUAAUUUUUUAUCAGUCUGUCGUAAUAUUUGAUGGCUUUAGCUUCAGCGUUAAUAGACGAUUUUUUUUAUUUGAAAACAUACAUACUCCCCGUGCACCACAGAUGUUCAACAUGGGCCUUACAGAAGUAAAUUAACUAAAACGUUAAAAGUUACAUGCAUAAAUAAAAUGAACAAAAGCAGAGAACAGCAGUCUGGACUUCACGAAAACAGAUAAGUUCACUGGCCAAGUCACUCCGAACAUUUUCAAAUCGGCUGCAAGCAUAAUCUAGGGCCAUCAAAUGUAGGGCAUGAGAAAAUCAAAUGUUCCACAUACUGAGGUACUUUUUUUGAAGAUUCACAUAAAUUGUUUGAUCUAAGAUUAAAAGGAAACAGGUAACUUUAACAAAUUUACCGUCUCUAUUAAUUUUAAAGUUUCUCAGUUUUUAUCUGGUUAGUAGAUGAUUAAAAUUAUUUUAUUUAACUGCAAUUUAAUAAGAUUAUAGCAAUUUAUUUCUCACGUUUUGUAGUUUCUUUGAAUUCUAACAUAAACUCUAGUCCAUAGGUUGAGUGAUUCAGCCCCUAAAAGUUUUCUACAGAUUAUCAGAUAAGCCUAAAUAAGACUUAAAUUCGUUUUUUUUUCCUUGUUUUGUUUUGUUUUGUUUCACCUGUUAAGUCGUUACAUUAUAAAGAAUUUGCGAAUUAUGACUGAGGAUAAUGAAUAGCGUUACACAAACAGCUAUCAUAGUAUAAUCCUACUAGAGCACUUCAGGUAAGUAAUUAUGCAAGUGAGUUCCUAGAGGAAUAAAUGAACAGUCGUUGAGCUAAAACAUUAAGUUGAAAGGCGAGUCAUUUGACAAGGAGAAAACAGAAGAUUGGCUGUGGAUCUUCAAAGCUUAGUGACUAGUUGUUAGAAGAUAAUUUGAGGUACUAUACUAUACAGGCUUUGUUGGGGUGGCAUAAAAUAAGGAAAUGUAAUUUAUAAAACUGGAUGCCAGAAAAGGUUUAGAUUAACGCACAAAAAUAAGAGGUAAGUAAAAUAUACAAAAGUUAAUAAUUUUCCAUUAUAGACAACAUGGGCGAAGAAAAUGUGGGAAUGCUGCAUAAUUUUGAUCAGUUUGAUACUUCACUAUGACCUUUAGUUUAAAACACUUUUUCAAUAUUCCUAACAAGAACUUUAACUUCUGUGAGCUACUAUUUCAGUUUUACUCACUCUGUAUUAAAACUAGCAACUGAAUGUUAAAUAUGAUUUUCAUUGUACAUUUCCUUAUAACAAAUGGAUUGAAAAAAGCAAAUAAGCAGUUCACCUCAGUUGAUAUUUGUUUGUAGUUUCCUUUUAUUUCGGAAGAAUGAAUUUAAAAAACUGGACUACAGUUUAAAGAUUAAAUGUAAUAGAUAAUGGAAAGAUAUUUUUAAAAAGAACAAACACAAUUUUCAAUCUAGCAACAUUGUCGUUAGUUUAAUACUGUAUUUCCAGAAGCUGAAAUUUUAAUGUUUCUUUUCUUUUAUAGAUUAUACAAAAUAAAAAUUAUACUUAAAUCAUUUAAUUAAUAUUGAGAACUAUACUACAGAAUAACACAUAUUUUUCCUUUGCUUUACAAAAACUGAGAAGCUUCGAUAUGUACCUACUUAAAACCCAAACAUAUCACAUAAAAACUCUUAUUAUUCAAUAAUUCAAAUACUCAAUAAUACUUGUUGUAAUAUACAAAUACUUGUUGUAAUAUAUGCUAAAUGCGAAGCUUACUAUGAUGCUUCGUGUUGUAGUUGUAAAUUAAUAAUUAAAAUUUACUCAUUAGAUUCAAAGUGAAAAACAUAUCAAAUGCUUCUUCCAGUGUAAAACAUAUCCUUAUUAUCUUUUAAGCUGAGUAUUCUUAUUAAUGAUUUUGAAUUCAUGUAUGGUUUAUUAUAAAUUAAAAGUGCCAAAUUUGUUAAUACCGUCUACAGUUCAGAAACCUUCGUAUUAAGGUAAUGGGUUAGAGUGCUAUGUUGUUUCUCUUUAUAUAUAGACAGCAGGAAGAAAGCGUAGAAGUAUAUUUUUCUUAUUACAUUCCUCGUAUUUAUUUUUAAGGUUUAUUUUCAGUCCUUUGCAGAACGGAAAAGAUGUGUUGAAUAUUUUGUAUUGUUGUUUUCCUUUUGUUUUAAUGUACUGCUUUAAGAUAUGCAUUUUAUUUAUAGAGCAUGAAUAUAUUAUAUUUUAAAUUAAAUCUAUGUAAUCAUAGCGCAUACUUAUCAAUGUAUUUAAUAUAAAUAUAAAUGUAUCUUAAGGUGCUUAAGUAUGUAUUAUAUUUGUGUUUCCUCACAACAAUCAGUUAAGUCCUAAAUCUUGUCUUCCAUAAACCUUUGAAUUUAAAUGAAAAAAAAAGAAAAAAUCGAGACUUUGCAGCUAACUAUUCUUUAAAUAUUUUGCUUUCUGUAUGAAAAAUACGAAAAAAGAAAUAGAAAAUUUUAAAAAUCUUAUCGUUGUGCCUUAAAGUAUAUUAUCUUGAUUGACUGUGCUCAAGAAUGUAUAAUCGCUAAAUUGCUAUAAUUUUAUUGUAGACAUUGUCUUUGAAUUAGUUUGCGUUUUCUCAGUAGCAGAAAUUAUCGAAAAUGCUGAGCACUAUUAUUAUAUCUAAAUUUAAAAUUGGAAGCAUGUGUAUUACAUUUCGGAUACAAGCUUCCCCCCGCUUCACGUAAACACGUUCGUGUGAAACCUUCAUAAACCGAAAAUGCAGUUAUUACUACUAUACAUGGGAAAAAUGUUCAUAUUUAAAAAUAUUAAUUAUGCCAGUCGUACCGUAAACUAAAAUAAUGGAAAAGAAAUUUAUUGAGUAAAAGAAGUAAAAGGUUUGUGCUUAUAUUUUUAGACACACCAUAACUCUACAUGGAAUACUUUAUGUCUUCACGUAGUGUUUAAAGAAGUUUCUUAUCGAUGCCUUUAUCUCUCCGUUUCUUCAUAGGUCACUAGCGGCCAAAGCGAUAAAGUCACUGAACAUUGGUAGUUCGGUCCAUUGUUCAAAUUUCGGGAAACGGGCUGGCUGCAUGGGCGUUUAUGGGAUUUUGCCUAUGUGUAACUUUUAUAAGAGUCAGUUUUCCUUAAAAUUUCUACGCGGAGGUAUCAGUUUCCUUAGCAGAUAACCCUCGACUGCUUUGUCGUGAUAAAAAAAGCCGCUUUCCUCCUAUAAAUGGAUUUUCAUUCUCCACGUACGUACUCAACUGAGUCUUCAGAGCGUCUAAAGUAGAGUUGAUCAAAAAAAGGACCGAGCACACGAAACAGGAACCAAAAUACACCGAACAACUUUGAUGAAGUUUAAUUGCUACUAAGUGGAAGCUUUGUAGCAAUUAAAGCUAGGAAGCUUAGUAGCUUAUCUGUAGUUAGGAAGCUCUCAGCUUGCGGCCGCUUCCACUUAGCUGUAAUUAAGCUUCAUAAAUCAAUUUUCAUUGCCGUGUCAAAUAGGAAAUGCAAAUUUUCAGCAGUAAUAAUGAUGUUAUAAACUGACAAACAAUAUAAAGCAAUAUUAAUUGAUAGCAGAGCAGAUUAGUAAUGAACACCAAAAAAUAGAAAUAACAUAUAUACAAUGCAGUUUCGAUUUAUAGAAUUAAAAAGAGAAAGAUAACAUUAGAACCCAUAAAUAUGGUGGUAAUGACAAUGCAGCAUUGAUCCGUCGGUGAUUCGAAAGUGGCAGAUACAGGGCGUACAGUGUAGGAUAAAAGAAAUCAUAACAUAUCACCUCCUUUUUAUUUGUACCUAUCGAUCAACAUGUCAUAGAAUUCCUGUACCUUCCUACCACAGAGUUGAUAUCUAAAUUUGUUGUGGCAUCUAUGGUUUAAGGAUUGUGGAUAGUACGCUCGGCUACUAAGAAUGACAUGUUUUUGUUUGGCUUCCGAACAGGUAAUCAAAACGUUUUUCAAAAACUGCCUUAAACGCAUACCCUUUAUAGUUUUUCUGUCGAUUACCGCACAAAACAAAUGCUGAACUAGACUUGCGCUUUUCACCUUUCCCAGUUAAAGAGAAAAUCGUAAUCGGCUUUCUUUCUCUAAACGAAAACGGUACUAAUUUAUGUCCUUCGUAGAAGCGAAAUUUCAAAAAGCAGGGGGAUACUUGUAAAGUGAAUAAUUAUUUAUUGGUACAUUAAUACCAAUAUCAAACUUUAAAAUAUCAAACUUUACUCAUAUGAAUUUUUUAAUCUCAGCUUUAAAGUGAGAAAGCUGUUAAUCGCUCGAUGUUCUCAGUGUAUUGAUUGGAAUAAUAAGUUUAAUUUUUUAAACUAUCUUUUGAGAAUGAGCUCUAAAUAAGUAUAAUGUUCACCACAUACAAAGCAUGAGAAAGUAUCUUCAUGUUGCAUCAAAUCUUUUUAUUAUGUUCAGCGGAACUGUACUCUUUAUAAUAUGUUUUUGUAGACUUUUGCUCUCAGUACAUGUGAGUGCAUAUCAAGUUAUCUCCUAUCAUUCAAAACCUGUAAACUCCUUUUCAUACAGAACUUCUACUUACUAUUUUGCAAGUUUGCUUAUAUAAAAGUUUUACAAAUGCUUAUAAUGUGCAUGUCAUUGUGUUUUAAUGCUUUGCAAUAAUUUCAAAGCAAAUAUCGUUCUGUAUGUUUAACUUUCUUUUUGAAAACCGUAUUAAAAAAACUGAAGGAACACAACUGGAGCUAUAUGAAUAUAUUUCUGUUUCUUAUUUCUAGUAUUAAAUAAUUCAUUUCAAUAGAACGAUGUUGUUAGAUAUUAAUGGUUACUAAGAGCCUAAAAUUCAUAUAUUCAGGAUCAUGUUUUUAAAAUAUUAUGUGGAAUAUGUACUACGUUUACAUCGAAACUCACUGUAUUAUCACGAAUUAUAUAACUGCAGAGGAAAUGUUGUAAUCUCGAAUUGUUACAAUAAAAGUUUUAGAAACCUUUUGAAUUUAAAUACUUGCAUUUUAUUUUUUAAUUUAUUUUGUAUUUCUGAAAAUAGCUGGUGUCUGAGCAUUUAUGUACCAUUAAAAUAUUUGUUUUAAAUAAUGUAAAAAAUCAUAAA